AUGCGGCUACUUUACACCACAACGGAUGGAGAAAUCGCAUCGACGAAGGACUUAAUACGUACUGAGGAAAUACCUCGUUAUGCAAUCCUCUCACAUACUUGGGGCGAGCAAGAGGUGACCUUCGACGACCUCAGAAACUUCGGUAGCAUCAAUGACAGUGAAGCCAGAAACAAAGCGAUAGCAAAGAAAAAGGAGGGUUGGGACAAGAUCCGCUUCUGCGCACAACGGACUAAGCGUGACGGCAUCGAGCAUUUCUGGGUAGACACCUGCUGCAUUGACAAGGCAAACAACACAGAGCUUACGGAGGCUAUCAACUCGAUGUUUCGCUGGUAUCAAAAAUCAGACAAAUGUUAUGUCUACCUUCCAGACGUCGAGGGUAAGCCCUCAACAGAAGACAUCCGGCCAUCCUCGGAAUGGGAGGCUGCUUUCAGGGCGAGCAGAUGGUUCACCCGAGGAUGGACGCUCCAAGAGCUUAUAGCACCGCGCUUCGUUGAGUUUUUCUCUGUAGAUGGAGCACGUUUAGGAGACAAAGAGUCGCUUAAACAGACUAUCUGUGAAGUUACAAAGAUACCCAUCGAAGCUCUGUCAGGAUGUGAUCUGUCAGACUUUGACAUUGCUGCGCGUUUCUCUUGGGCACAGAAUCGCCAGACGACAAAGGAGGAAGAUGGAGCGUACUGUUUGCUGGGCAUACUUGGGUGCAGCCUACCACUGAUUUACGGUGAAGGGAAAGAGAAAGCUUUCAAGCGAUUGAGAAGAGGAGCGCUGGAGGCGUUGGAGGAUACUGUAGACGCCUUGAUACUCAGCGGCAAGACUAAGAGUCAAAGCGAAUCAAAAAAGCUCAGCAAGCUAAGCAGCUGGCUUACGGCACCCGACCCAUCAUCCAAUCAGCAUAAAGCGUGCAAACAGCGGCAGGCUGAAACUGGGUUGUGGUUGCUGGAAAGCGAAAAGUUCAGGAGAUGGAAAGAAAAUGCUGCGUCAAGACUCUGGCUUUAUGGUAUCCCAGGAUGCGGAAAGACUAUCCUAAGUUCCUCCAUUAUCGAGCAUCUAAAGCGGUACUGCGGCGAUGACAAUCACAAGGUCACGGUGUACUUCUACUUCGACUUCAACGAUGUUGAGAAACAAGAUUCGGCACUAAUGCUGCGAUCGCUACUCUGUCAGCUACUGCAGCACCUGGCCAAAAUGCCAAAGCAUCUGCUUGAGUUGUAUGCAUCCAGCGGAAACGGACUUCGAAAACCAUCAGUGCAUGAGCUUCUGCAGGUUGCACCGCACGUAAUGCGACUUUUCAACCAUAUUUACGUUGUUCUUGAUGCGCUCGAUGAGUGUACGCAACGUGUAGAAUUGAUGGAUAUGAUAGUAACCGUGCUGGGGUGGCAGCUUGGUAACGUACACCUGCUGAUGACCAGUAGGAGAGAGCGAGACAUCGAGACAUGUUUAGAGAGUUGUGUUGAAGAAGCGGACUCUAUUUGUCUUCAAAGAGCUGUAGUGGAUGAAGACAUAUCGCGAUACGUUCAGCAACGGCUACGUGACGAUAAGAACAUGGGGAAAUGGAACCAGAACGCUGAGGUCAGGCGAGAGAUUGAGACGGCACUGAUGCAAGGUGCUCACGGGAUUGCGGGUUUCGGUGGGCUUUCCCUAGCCGCUUUACCGCCGACUCUAGACGAAACAUACGACCGCAUUCUCACCGAUAUAAAAGAAAAGGAUUCCAUAUAUGCGUUACGCAUCUUACAGUGGUUAGCAUUCUCUGUCAGGCCACUCCAUAUCGAAGAAGUUGCCGAAGUUGUCGCUAUCGAUGUUACGCGCGAACCGGUCUUCAAUCAUGAUGAAGUGCUCGUAGACCCGCAAGAGGCGCUGGAGAUCUGUUCUGGUCUAGUCACUGUUGCCUCGAAUACCUGGAAUGGACAGCUAUGGCUCUCCCUCGACACUAUCACUCUCGCACACUACUCAGUCAAGGAAUAUCUUGUCUCAGACAGGAUAAAGCAAGGGCCAGCGAAGUGGUACAAUGAAACGGAAGAAGUGAGUCGGAUGGCAGUCAAUGUGUUGUCAAGAGGAUCUCCUGCAUGUCUCACCUGGCUGCGGUUGGCUGACCCGGAGAAUGACUAUCCCAAGCCAAAUUUCACAAGGACCUUGGAAAGCACAGCGGCACCAAUCUACUAUGGGGCCUUGCUGGGCGUUCAGAUCACAAGACUGCUGUUAGAGCAGAACCCGGAUGUGAACAUAACAGGUGGAGUAUAUGGCAACGCACUACAGGCGGCUGCAACCAAUGGACACAAGGCAGUGGUGAAGCUGCUGAUCGACGCAGGCGCAGACGUGAACGCUUCAGGAGGACAUUUCGGCAACGCACUCCAGGCAGCUUCAGCCAGGGGUCAUAUGGAAACAGCCGAGAUGCUACUGAACGCUAACGCAGCGGUUAACAUGCAAGGCGGAUACCACAACAAUGCACUGCAAGCCGCUAUCCAACAAGUAGAUGAGCCAAUGGUCAAGCUACUGCUCGAAAGAGGUGCCGAUACUGGGUUGAAAAAACGAUCAAAGGGCGCUUUGCAUCAUGCCAUCAACGACGCACGGUGUACACCCUCGCUAGCAAAGGCAUUGCAGCAAUUCGGGGCUCCUUUGAACACUAGCGAUGUUGAUAACAUGACUCCACUACACUACUGUGUAAAGUUUGGCCACACGGCCAUUGCAAAGCAACUCUUGGAUGCAGGGGUACCGAUCAACCCCGAACUACGUACACAAGCGCCGCCCGGCAGGUUUGGUGCAGCAGACAAGCGCCGAUCGCUGCAAUACCUGGUCAACAUCGUUGGUCUACAAGUUGACGAAGAAGACGAAUACGGUCGUACCGCUCUGCAAUACGCCAUCGAAGCAGCUACAGAAGCUGUGACCGCUAGACAAUGGGAUAGAGAUAAACAUCAACGCACCAGGGACAUCUUGGUGAGACAUCAGGCUGCUCAGAUUGUAUAA